AAUGGUGCGCCCUGUGCCCAAAUAUUUAUAAUUUUAUACCUGAUUCCUGAACCUCAGAACCUGAUACGGUGAGGUGAGGUGAGCAGUUGAGACUUGAGAGAGGCGGAGAGCAGAGAAUCAGAGAGAGGCUGAGGCGGUCCAGCUGGAGACUGAACAGUGGAGACUGGAGACUGGAGAGAGGCGGAGAGCACGGACUAGAGAGAAAGAAGGAUAUUGGAGUAGUGCUUAGAGAUUACCGUGGACUGUGUAGAUCAAAGGUGAAGACAUGAAUGCAUUCAAGGCUUACAAAGCCUGUGCCCCAAUUGCAUGGAGCCCUAACCUAUAUAUAACUUUGGUGAGGGGAAUUCCAGGGACAAGGAGACUUCACCGGCGCACUUUAGAGGCAUUGCGUCUGCGCAAGUGCAACCGAACUGUCAUGCGAUGGAAUACUCCUACUGUCAGGGGAAUGCUCCAACAGGUCAAGAGAUUGAUAGUGAUUGAGACGGAAGAGAUGUACAAGGCUCGCAAACAAAAGGAGGCAAACCACCAGGCUUUACGUCCCCCAUUGGUCAUAAAUCACCUACCUGCUUCAGCAAGUGAUUCUUCUUAAGGGUCUAUGCAUUUUUUUCAGUGGUCAGCUCUAAGCUUUUUAUAUGUGGAUUUGUUGUUAAGUAGACAGUUUUUCCAGAAUCGUUGCCAAUUCAGUAAGCUUGAUGCUUUGUCUAGUUUACUAAUGUAUCAAUGGACCCAGUUGUUUAUUAAUUUCUAUAUUUUGUUUGA